AUGGAGUUCCAUCCCGCGCUGGACGCGCCGCGCGCGGUAUCGUUCGCGGGCGACACGCUCAUCUUACCGGUGGUAUCGCACGGCAACGUCGGGCAGCUCGCGACGGACCUCCUCGUCGCGUCCGUGACGGGCGCGAGGCGUAUCGGGUGCCUCGAUCAUCCCGCGCUGCUCCCGUGCGUCGGCCGCGACGCUUUCGCGAGCGACGAGGGCGACGGCCCGGGGGGUGGGCACAUCGCGCUCGGGAUGGAGGUGUACCGCGUCGGAGGAGGUGGGGGCGGCGCGCUGUGCCUCGCGCAGCAACGCGCGGAGGUGACGCUGGGGUCGCAGCGAUCGUUCGCGGCGGACGUCGCCGAAUGGAUCGCCGACCGAGGGUUCGCGGAGGUUGUCGUGCUGGCGUCGGCGCCGUCGACGGAGGCCAAGGCGCCGGGUGAGAUCGGCGGGACGUCCUUCCAACACGUCACCGCGUCGGACGCGCCCGACGAUCGAUGCGUCGCCGCCGGGAUCGCGCACCGAAAGACGAGCGGCGGCGGGGGGGGGGGAGCCACCGCCGACCAAAAAACUCGCGACGACGAAGACCGCGAUCGCGCGCUUCCGCCGUGGUCGCUGAUGCGCGCGCUUCGCGCCGCGAACGUCACCGCCGUCGCGCUCAUCGCCACGUGCUCGGAGGGGGACAACACGGAGGACGCGGCGGCGAUGGCGGACGCCGUCGCGGGUGUGCUCGGGCUCGGCCUCGAUCGCGGGGGCGUCGAGAUCCGAGCCCCGGCGGGUGAAAAAAUCGACGAAAAAACGACAAAUGACGGAUCGGCUCGCGUUCGAUGGACGAUACCCCCGUCGUGGAGAGCGGCGUACGGGCAGCAGCCGAUGGCGAGCGAAAUCUUCGCGUGA